AUGGCAACGAUGGAUAACGUUAAUCGACGUCUGCUUGCAAGUAUUCGUGAUGAACCAGAGCGAAUGCUUCAACCUAUAUCCGGCUAUGAACAGGAGCCACUUGUAUCGCUCGAGAGAGCCUGCCAACCAUUAGAACAUCUAUUCGACAAUAACGAAUUGAAACAAAACAUUUUCAUUGCAAAAAUGAAUUCCACGCAGCCAAAGGAUGGAUUAAGUGCCGAUGAAUCAGCUUCCAUUCAUCUAUAUACAAUGGAGUGGAGUGUACAUGAAAAUAGCCUCUAUGCGAUACUGAAUCGAACGCUACGUCUGGCCGAUCGCAACAAACUACGACCAUGGUUCAAGUAUUUGAAAUUAUUCCUCACAGCAUUCUUUAAACUUCCACAAACGGGACACAUAACUAUUUAUCGUGGUGUGCCAGAAGACUUACGACAUCUUUAUAAAGAAGGAAAGAAAGUGACUUGGUGGUCGGUUAGCUCGUGUACUACUUCGUUGAAAGUACUCGAAUCUCCAUAUUAUGUGGGAACGUCUGGUGUUCGAACAAUGUUUCAUAUCGAAACUAGAAGUGGAAAAAUCAUUCGAGCACAUUCUUACUAUCAACACGAAGAUGAAAUUCUCCUACCGCCUGGUCUAUAUUUCGAAAUAGUCAGUAACUUUAGUCCAGCUCCAGGUUUGUAUAUGAUUCAACUUCGGGAGAUUCAACCGCCCUAUAAAAUGCUUGCUGAUCCGUUCGAUCUUAAGCCGAGAAUAAAAGACGAUCACAAAACAUCUAGUCAAACAUCAGUUGCGAAAAAAGUGUCACAAACGACCACACCGUCUAAUAGUUCGCUAUAUUCUACUCGGAAAUUGGAGUGCCAUGGAUACGCUUGCGCUACCUGCGGCCUUUGCCGCGAUUGGUUUUGGCGCUCUCAUGGUUCGGCAGGCAAGAUUUAUAAACGUCACACGAAUGCGAAAUGUACUGUCCAAAAUUACAGCUGUGGACGCGGUUACUACUAUUAUCACGGCGAUUAUCGGUUAUGUGAGUGUGCCGAUAACAUCUGA